AUGGCUGUAAAAAUAAGGAAAAAAUGUUGAAUAAAAGCUGAGGCUACCGGCGAUGAUACAGCACCAUCGAAGAAAUGCAACAACACCUGGCUGGUUCCUAUCAAUGAAACAACCACUACACUGUCCAGUUGCUGUAUAGAUGUAGAAAUUAAGGUGGAGCCUGAAGAAUAUUUCGACACAUAUGACGAGAAUGGUCUGUUGACGGCUCUUCCAACUACGUCUCAUGAACUUAAGGGAUCUCACAAUACACGAGAAACAGGCUUUUCCUGCCGCAUCUGUCUGAAAAACUUCGCAAACCCGGGCAACGUCCAACGUCAUAUGUUACUCCACACGGAAAGGAAACACCAUUGCACAGAAUGUCCGAAACAAUUUCAAUCAAAAGAGCAGUUAGACAAACAUAUGCUCAGGCACACAUACGUACCGCCCGAAAGGCCUUUUGUGUGCGAGCACUGUAACAAACAAUUUAAAACGUCAUCAAAUUUAAUGCAGCAUAAACGAAUUCAUAUGGAGGUCAAACCUUACUUCUGCUCACAAUGCCACAGAUCUUUCGCGUUUAAAGCCAAUCUAACCAAACAUCAAGGCAAGAGUAGAUGUAAAAGGCCAAUAGAUGAACCGAUCCAAUGUCACGUCUGCAACAAAGUCUUUGAAAAAGAGUUUCUGCUAAAAAGUCAUCUACGUAGACAUGACACGGACCGCCCAUUUUCCUGCGAUCAGUGCACUAUGAAGUUUAAAUAUAAGAGCACAUUGAUUCGUCAUAUACAGCUACACGAUGGUAUAAGGCCGUACGCUUGCCCUGUUUGUGAUAAAACCUUCACACACUCUGGUUUACUGAAACCGCAUAUGAGAGUCCACACUGGUGAGAAACCUUAUCAAUGUCCGAUUUGCACAAAGUCUUUUGCACAUAAACAUAAUAUGCAAAGGCAUGCUAUUAGACAUAAUAAAAUUAAGCAUUUAGUAUGCGAUAUAUGCCACAAAAAGUUUCCAAAAGAAAGUAGAUUAAAGUAUCACAUGAAAACUCACGUGAAUGAAAAACAUUUUUCGUGUCAUAUUUGUCCGAAGAAGUUUUCGCAUAAGCAGAAUGUCCUAAGGCAUUACACGAGAAAGCAUCCGAACGCGAAGUAUGAAUGUAAAGAAACCGAUGCUUCAGUCGCUUUGAAGGUUUGGGAUACUAUUAAAAGUAAAUAUAGUGAUGAGCCAGGAGAAAUUUUGGGCUGA